AAUUGAUUCAGUAAGCAAAACUAUCAUCUUUAGAUGAGUAUUCUAAACGUUUUAUAGAAAAUCUGUGGAAACAAAUCAAUUAGCUUUAUAGUUCUUUAACUAAUUACAAAAAAAAAUUAUUUUUCUCUUGCUAAAAUGAGACAAAGCGCAAUAUUUUUGGUACUUUUCAGUAUUUUCGGUUACAUUGCAGCAAAAUAUCCAACGGAUUUGAUGCGAUGUCAUUUCGGUGAUACGAAUUGUUUGAAACGAACAAUUGGCGAAUAUGCGAUGAAAUUUAAGGGUGGAAGAAGAGAUUUGGGUUUGGUGCCAAUCGAUCCAUUACAAGUCGACGAAGUCAAUAUUGAUCAAGGUGGAACGAGUCCGGUCAAUAUAAAUUUAAAAUUACGCGAUCUAAAAUGUCACGGUUUGAGCCAAGCAACGAUUAAAAAUGUGGUUGGAUUCCAAAAAGAUCCAGCAACAUCAAAGUUUGAAAUUUACGCAAAAAUUGCGACCAUUUCAAUGGUCGGUCAAUAUAAGGCGCGUGGUAAUAUUCUGUUGCUGCCGAUUGUCGGUAAUGGUGUAGCAAAUCUAACAUUCGAUAAUGUUGACGCAAGCAUCAAGUUUUUACCCAAGGUUGAAGUGAAAAAAGGCAAAGAGUAUUUGCGAAUUAAUGAACUUCAGCUGGAUUUCGAAACAACAAGACUCUGGAUGAAUUUUGAGAAUCUAUUCAAUGGUGAUCAAAUGCUGAGCCAAACCACUAAUCAAUUCUUGAAUGACAACUGGCCGGAAAUCUUAAAUGAAUUAAAACCUGUACUCACGAAAGCCAUUGGUGGCAUUUAUAAAGCAAUUGCUGAUCCCAUCUUCAAUAAAUUUCCAUACGAAGAACUCUUUUUGCGUGAUGACGAAUAAUACUAUAUUACUGAUAUUAGAAAAACAUAAGAUUUUUUUCCCCCCAGUCAUAGCUACACUACGUUGAGAAUUAAUUUAUAAUGUUUCUGCGAAACAAAUAAAGAAUACACCAAAAUUUAA